AUGUCCCAACAUCUCACAACACUGCAGGCUGAACAGCAGGAUGAAGAUCAGGCUUCCGAGCCAGCCACCUUGGGGGCCACGUCAGCAUCUGGGGAUAAGGACAAGCAUGGAGCUGCCGUGGGCCAUGCCCAGAGCCCACAGGAGCCCACAGCCCUGCCUGCCCCCCUGGCCCCCGGUGCCCUGCAAAGGUCCAUGGGCUUCCAGAACCUAGUGCAGAAAGCGCCGGUGCAAGAUUCGAGUAUGACUCAGAAUCCUCAGAUUUUCCAACUUUACUCCCCGAUUAAGGAAGAGACACCACAAGCGGCAGGCGUCCCAGACAGGGAGCAGGAACUAGCUCCUACCCCGAGCGCUGAGGUACAGUCCCCGCAAAAUGUGGAGGCUCAGACCGCCGUGAGCACAGCAGAUGCCAAUGACCAGCUUGACACUCGGGCUGCUGACACCGCUGAAGCUGUCGAGGAGAAACCUGAGGGUCAGGAGGCCUUGAACCCUGGCACUGAUGCUUUGCCAUCAGCCCCUGCCUCGCCGGACCCCGGAGUGGCAGCCGUGGAGAGGAGGCCCCUGGACUCCACGGCCAGUGAGAACAACUACAUGCGCUCCAUGACCAGCUUGCUGGGCGGGGGUGAGGGGUCCGUCAGCUCCCUGGCAGACAUCCUGGCGCGGUCUGAUGCUGCCAUGGAUGGCCACGGCUCCGUGACAGACCUGCCGCACAACACGGGGCCCAGCCUGUGCUCCAUCUCCAGCAUCCCGGGGGGUGCCAGCUCUGCCUCGUCCUCCGCCGGCAGUGGGGACCAGUCGGCCCUGCACUCCGUCACCCACAUGCUGGAACCGGUGGAGCGGAGGACCGUAGAGGGCAUCCUCUUGGCCACGCACUACCUGACCAGCCACCCCGCCCCACGCCAGGCCCGUGCCGGCCCCAACUUGGACGAGGCCCCGCGCUCGGCGGCCUCCCGAGACCCCGGGAGCACUCAUGCCCUGCUCUCUCAUGCAUCCCUAUCCUGGACGGCUCUCCCCAGACCGGGCAAUAGAUCACCGGAGAGCGUUUAUUUUCCAAGCGCCAGCCUCAUACCUUGUCUGUGCAGCAGGCACAGGGUGGAGGGACAGGAGGGGACUAGGGUGUUCUGGAAACAGAAAGGUGUCCCCUGA